CAAAGUUUAUUUUCAUAGCACAUUUUGUGUUUACUUUUAGUUAUUGAAAUAACUAACAAUAUUUUAUUAUAAUAAUAAUCAAAAAACAUAGUGUAAUUAGUGUAAAAGUUAUGUAAUACGGCGAUUUGCUUUCCAUCAUGAAAAGAGCAAACUAUGAUGAAGCAAACGAACUGCCUAUAAACGUUAUGUCGAGUGUUAUGAACUGCAUAACACCAUUGAAUAAUUAUCGCUGGCCAUCUGAGUGCAACGACAAUAUAUCGACAUCAUAUGGAGGAGCCAUGGGUAGUAAAAAAACAAUUCAUCCUGAAUUACUUUCUUUGGCUCCACCGCUAAUGGACUUCGAAGACGAACUAAUUUGGUUUGAUAAUGUAGGAAAGCGCAAUGAAAAAAUAUCUUACGAUAACUCCAACUGUAUUGACGCAUACUCUAAGCAACUUUUAACUCUGGCCUUCUAUCAGCCAUUAGCGCCACAUGAGCAGAAAAUUUUGUUGGAAGAGGUCGCGAAGCACACAAACUUUAUUUAUCAAAUAGGCUUAACUCCGACAAAGUUACCCCAACUUGUGGAAAAUAAUCCCCUUAUAUCAAUAGAAAUUUUACUUAGACUUAUGAAGACUGUGGAAAUAACGGACUAUUUUAAUGUUUUGGUACAAAUGGAUAUCACAUUACAUUCAAUGGAAGUGGUCAACAGGCUCACCACCUCAGUAGAUUUACCCACAGAGUUCAUUCAUUUGUAUAUCAGCAAUUGCAUAUCUACGUGUGAAACUGUUAAGGACAAAUAUAUGCAAUCACGUCUGGUGCGUUUAGUUUGUGUUUUUCUGCAGUCACUUAUAAGGAAUAAAAUAAUUAAUGUUAAGGAAUUGCUGAUUGAAAUUGAAGCUUUCUGUGUAGGCUUCAGCCGUAUCAAAGAAGCUGUAGGUUUAUAUCGACUUUUAAAGAACCUGGAGCUUGGCGAACAUGGACCUAGUGCCAGUACUGGAAGCUUAUCAUAUUCUACAAACAAAAACGAUAACGCAUCACCUAAAUGAGAAUUCCUCUUUGCACUCGAAGUUUCAAGAAUACAAACAUACGAAAGAGACAUAAAUGUGUAAAUACUACAAAUAUUAAAGAAAAAAUGCUUAUGAUAUUAUAAUAACAUUA